AUUGACUGCACAGAUCAUCAGGGAGCUGAGCAGGCACACUGAUCACUGUGGGACUUAUUAGCUUGAGAGAGGACUACAUCCCUCACCACUGACAGCAUUACAGGAAAACAGACACUGAAGACAGAGAGCUGAAAACACAAGACCACAGAAAUGGGACUGCUGCGUGUUGAAGAGCUGAUCACCGGGAAGAGAGGCGAGGGAAAGGAGGCAGGAGGUGCCUGUGCAGAGGUGUUUCUUGCAGGAGAAUAUGAGACCACCAUUAUUCAGGAGAAACAGGAUGGUCUUCCGAUGCAAAAGGACCCGAAUGAAACCACCCAGAAUGACAUCAAACAGUGCGAACAAAGUUUCAAACUCAAUGUUGACCGGUCAGGGCAGUUAAAACUAGAGACUGUCGAGGACCUCUAUAACAUUCUGCAGCUGAGGAAGAGGAGGAAGGAGAGAAAGAUUCAAGUGCAAAAGAAACAGCCAGAACCAGAAAUCCUGCCCGAGACAGUUGACCAGACAACGUUUCUAAAGGCUGUAACAGAAAAUAAAAUGCUUGUGGUUGAGAAAUAUCUCUCGGAUGGUGGAGAUCCCAAUGCCUGUGAUCAUUUUAAGCGCUCUGCUCUGCAUAAGGCCAGUGCACAGGGUCACAUAGACAUCAUGAAGAAACUCCUGGAGAGUGGAGCAUCCUGGGGAAAAAAAGACAAGCUGGAUGCCACAGCUGUGCACUGGGCCUGUAGAGGUGGAAGCCUGCCUGCCCUGGAGUUUCUACUCAAUGAAGGAGCCAAAUUCACCUCUAGAGACAAGCUAUGUAGCACUCCCCUCCAUGUCGCAGUUCGGACCGGACAUUACGAGUGCGCUGAGCAUCUCAUUCACUGUGGAGCUGAUAUAAACGCUAAAGACAGGGAUGGAGACACACCCAUGCAUGAUGCGGUGCGGAUAAAUAGAUUCAAAAUGAUAAAACUGCUGAUGAUGUAUGGAGCCAGUCUUAAUACCAAAAACAAUGAUGGAAAGACACCUAUGGAGACACUGCUUUCAUGGCAGAAAGGAGUAAAAAACAUCCUGAAUAAUUUUAACGAAGAGGCUGAACCAAAGUCAAAUGACUAGUGCUUUGCAAUAGUGGAAGAUAAUUGCAUCCAUGACUCUAAUUGCUGGCAAUAGAGCAUCAAGAUACUUAAUAUUUUUUCACCAGAAUAUUUUGAGAGAAUGGAAACUUCAAGUAAGUGACAGUGGGUGUUUCUUUAUUUGUUUAUUCAGUCUAUGUAUUUAUUAGCUAGCCUAUAUUUUGCAUUACCCUUGUGAUCUCAUUGACCACAUGUAAAAAAAAGUGUUCAUGACAAGUUUGGAUCUAUUGAGAGACUUCAUAGGCUGCUGCAAUUGUAGACAGACUAGAUACAGAAAUGGAACAGAAUGUGAAUGCAGGUCUGAGAAUGUUUAGUUAUGUAAAGUUUUUGUGAUGGAUAUUAUUUUUGUACGUUAAUUGUUUUGUAAUUUUGGAGUCAACUGAGAAAGAAUAUGGAAAUGGGUAGAUGGGCAUCCCUUUCAAAAUGCACCUUGGUGAAAUGUGUUAAUACAAAAUGUUAUUUUCCCUUAAAUUUAACUGUGAACCAUUUUAAUUUGUAUGUAAAUAAAGUGUUUUGGUAUUUGUGCGU